ACUCUACCUACACGACAACACCACACUACCCGAAUGUAUUCCCAUUUAUAAAAUAUAUAAAUUAUGAUUUGUUCGCUCCUAAAAUACUAGAAAGAAUAUAUAUUAAUGUAUAUAAUUUCAAAAUAUCGCGGAAAUAUUAAAUAGUAUAUGAGGAGAAUCAAUCGGCUACUGGAAUUGCAUCAAUACGCAUUUCUUAAACUAAAUGAAUAAAUGUGAAAAAACUGACGUGAUUGUGUAAAAUAACGACGGAAAAAAAGUGAAUUGCAAAGCCUAAAAAUUUGAGUUUUAUUUUUAAUGUUGAAAAAUACGCCAUUUUGUGGUCUAUUGUUGAGCCGACAAAUCUGCGAAUAUUAAGUUGUUACGUCAGAAAAAAAAUUAAUAGAGCCAUCAUAAUUUUGAAAUAAAUUUUCAAUUAGUUGUAGUAGGGAAGAGCAAGAGGAAAGAUUUUUUUUCUUUGGGAUUUAUUGGAACGGUGGUGGCUGUGGUAGACGAAAGUGCACCAACGGGAGACAACAUUAGAAGAGAGAACCAGAGGGGAGCACUCAUACUAUUCCAACGAUUGCUCCUCACUGUGACAUUAUUAAAUGUGUGUGUGUUCAUGAGGGAAUUGGGGGAGAGGAGUGGUUUAGUUGUUGCCUUUCAACGUGAGAUAGUUUUGCGAACACCAACGGGCAAACACCGGGGGAUUAAAAAAAUCUGAGCUUUGAACUUCCAUCAGAUGUGUAGAUAAAUAAAUAAAAAUUCAUUAUUGUAAUUAUUUAUAAAUUAUUUUUGUAAUAAAGAAAAAAACACAGGAAAAAGGAUAAGAGGUUUAUGGAGUUAAUGAGUGAUAACUUAUGUUGGAGAUUUUGAGUGAUUUCGUGAAGUGUAUUGAGUAUUUUAUUUUUUAAAAUUUUCAGUGUUAGUUAUAGUAUUUUUCUAAGUGAAGUGAAUUCAAGUUGUGAGAAAAAUAUUUCAAAGUGAAGACACACCCUUGAAGGAUUUCACGUAUCAUUCCUUCCUUAUCGCCCGAUAUCUGCAUCCUCCCAGUGCUAUAACCCUCCCCUUCUCCUCAUCUUCGUCACUCACUUUAUCCCAUUCCGGGCGAUCAUCACGCCACAAGACUCUCCUCUACUGCAACGUGCGUUCCAUUAUUAAAAACUUUGAAAAUCACAAAAACCCCGUGAAAUAUCAUUUUUUACAUGAAAAAAUCCAACAGUGAUCAUCGAAUGAAGCUCCACAAAUCCAACAACAGUGAAGAACAUCAUAGUGAUUAUAAGUGCAGUGUUAAAAAUCAAAAACCUUUCCGCCUCUAAUCCCCACAAACAUCAAAUCAAUUUAUUGAACAAUAUCUUAAAUUUAUUUAUCAGUAAAUUUUUUCCAUUAAUUUUUAUCACCUUUUUUUAUUAACGCUUAUAAAAAUCAGAUAAAAAUUUCAAACAUGUCGGUGAGAAUGGAAAAUGUCGCCGCACCGAGGAAACUCAACUACAAAAUCAUGGGUACAAAUGGGCCAAGACCAACUUACCCAGGAGCCAACAAUGGUAGCGCGGGGAACGCAGGAGGUGGUGUGGGUGGUGGUGUAGGACCCGCAGCUGGUGGACAUGGGUUAAAAGGGAGUGCCGGUGGUGGACCACGUGGUGGUAACCCAGCACAAUACAGAGCAAGUGCUACUAGCGCCUGGAAUACAUCCCAUGCAAUCGCUGUGGCAGCUGGUUAUCCACCUUAUACAAGAUAUCCAACUGCUGCUGCCGCUGCCGCCCCGGCCGCGGCGCAAAUGCCGGUUGGACAACAUCUACCGCCAACAGCUAAUCCUUAUACUGCUACUACUUAUGCACAGCAUGCGUCAUAUGGAGGACAAAGAGUACCGACGGCCUCAUCACCAGCAAAUACAAACAGUAGUUCCAGCAGUGCAACUGGCAGUCAGAGUGGCACAAUGAGUACGAACCAUAGCAAUAAUGCAAUGCAGGGACAGCAACCAGAACAAUUAUCAAAAACAAAUUUAUAUAUCCGUGGCCUCAACCAAAAUACAACGGACAAGGAUCUUGUCAACAUGUGUUCUCAAUACGGAACUAUAAUUUCUACAAAGGCGAUUCUGGACAAAAAUACAAAUAAAUGUAGAGGUACUUGGUUGGAUUAUCACACUUUUAAGUUUUUCUCGUUUAACCCCAAUUUCUCCCUUCAUUGUUUCAUUAUUUCUACUUGUAUACUUGAUACAUCAAUCUGUUAAAUGCGUUAUGUGGAUUUGAGUUUCUUCUCACAUUCCUCAUUGUAUUACGU